GGGCGGGGCUAUCUGAAUAGCUUGGGGCGAGUCUCUUUCUCUCCUCCUCGCGGCCGGGGGCGGGGCUUACGGUGAGACCCGGACGAGCGGAGCGGCUGGCGGCGAGUACGCUUUCGGAGCCCGAGUCUGUGCGGGUGGUUGCCGCCAUGUCUUUCUGCUCUUUUGGCGGAGAGAUUUUCCAGAACCACUUUGAGCCAGGUAUCUACGUCUGUGCCAAGUGUGGCUAUGAGCUCUUUUCCAGUCGCUCGAAGUAUGAACAUUCCUCUCCAUGGCCAGCCUUCACUGAGACAAUACAUGCUGACAGUGUGUCAAAGCGUCCAGAGUUUGGUCGGCCACAAGCCUUAAAGGUGUCCUGUGGCAAGUGUGGCAAUGGCCUGGGUCAUGAGUUUCUCAAUGAUGGACCAAAGAAGGGCCAGUCCCGCUUCUGAAUAUUCAGUAACACACUGAAGUUUGUUCCUAAAGACAAUGAAACUUCAGCUCCAAAGGGAAAGUAAUUGGGCAGUAGAUACUGCCCAAUACUGGUUAUGGACACAUUGCAACCAAUUUACUUUGUAGUCAUUGAUUGGAAUUGGACUUCAUCAGAGUUCAGACUGGUGGACUGAGAGGCUGCUGAAGAAACUACAAAGGCCUUGAAAUCAGAAGAUCCUACAUGUGGAACUGAAGGGGACCUUUGAGGCUAUCUUGUCCAACCCCUUCCUUACAGCUGAGACAAGGGAAGGCCAGGGAAGUCAGCUGAACUGAAGAAGGCCAGACAAGAUGAUAGAGAGGGGAUUGAAAUCUAGAUGCUCUGAGUUCAAAUCCAGCACAUUUGCCAAGGUCUGGGCUGCUUUUCCUCAUUUCCUUUAGGUAGGUUCUGUCUAGAAAGGGGCCAAUAUUUAGGGAAUGGGCAGAAUAAGUAAAAAUUCAAUGAUGAACAACCACCUAUUGCAUCAAGUUGUAGAGCUGAAUUAGAACGUGGUGGUUUAUUGUUUUUUUUGACCAUAAGGAAAUCGAAUUCUUAGUGUGAAUAGGCCAUUCAUUUCAUGUUUAAUCUCAUCAUAUUUUUUAUCAGCACGCCCUCUCCCCUUCUGAGGUUCCAAAUGAUGAUCUUCUGAAUUCCAUGUGGUCUAGUUUUGAAAGAGAAUUUGGUUGACUUUGAGUAGCAUAAACCAGAUUUCCACAAAGCUUUAGUAAAGAAUGCAAAUCCUGAAAAUUUCAUCCUGUUAUUUUGGUUUGGGGUCACAGUAUGAAUUACUGUGGUUAAACUCCUGUAGGAUGGCCAUGGUGAUGAAGGUUAGUGACCAGGCCAGAAAACAGGACAGAUUUUUUUUAUCUUGUUUUGCAUACAAUAGAUUUUAAAGAUAGAUUUAAAAAUGUUUCACUGCUAUUUGUGUUUCUUGGGUUUAUGAAACACAUAGUUGAGCAAUUACCUCUGAAUCUGGAAAGGGCUACUUCCUUUAUUACAUUUAAGGAUUUUGUCCUUCCAUUUUUUGCUUGGUACCUCCCUCAUUUUAAUGAUCAAUUUUCAUUUCUCUGGCAGAGAUGGAAAAAGCCUCAUGGAUUUUUUUUUUGUCUUGUCAAUUCCCAUAAAUGAAUUGAAGAGAAGGCCCUUCACAGUUUACAAUUCCCAAGACAUACUGUGUUUCUUGUCAGUGUUAGUGACCCAAGGAUGCCAAGUCCCUCCUUUACUGUUAAGAAUAGCACAUUAUAGUCUUGUUGACACAAACAAUGUAAAGUUCUUAGAAAUGAUCUGUCAUAAAUGUUAGCGACUGGUUCAUUUUCAGCAAGGAAGAUAUCCAUCAUUAUGGCGCCUAUGUACUCCAUAAGUUCUGUAUACUUGUCACCUUUUUGCAAUAAAGAGAUGACAGCAAGCAAUAUAUGUCAUCCUUCAAAAGAUUUUUUUUUUUUUACCAUUUUGUUAUCCUAAUAGAGGCAGUCUCAAAGAAGAGGGUCUCUGAUUUGGAGACAGAAAGAUCUUGGUUCCAGAUUCAUCUCUGACAUUUAUUAGCUGUGUGGCUAUGAGCAAAUCACUUGACCUCUCUGAGGCUCAGGCAGCUGUCUAAGACUCAUCUUGCUAAGUUAAGCCCAGCUGCUGUGAGAGCUCAGUACCCAUAAAAUCACAGCUCCUUGAAGUAUCCUCCUGUUUUCUUUGUCUAUGUGGCCAUGAUGGGACAAAAAAUAAAAAUUCAUUUCAUUGUUUGAAAAAACCAUGAUGUUGAAUAAAAGUAUGUAUCAUUUUGAA